GUACCAGAACCUCUCACAGAACCACAACCUCUAACAGAACCUCUAACAGAACCACAACCUCUAACAGAACCUCUAACAGAACCACAACAACCAGAACCACUGACACAACCAGGACCAGAACCUCUAUCAGAGCCACAACCACUAACAGAACCAGAACCACUAACACAACCAGAACCAGGACCAGAACCUGGUCUCUAUGAGGUCCUGAUUUAG